AUGGCGAGCAGCUCCACCGGCGGUCAGUGUCAGUUUGUCGUCGGGGUUGGUGCCAUUCCGACGAUCAAGGUGGCCCUGGAUAAGGGCGCCAAGAGCGUCGUGCUCAUGAGUCACAUGGGCCGCCCCGAUGGGAAGCCCAACAAGAAGGACUCCCUGGCGCCAGUGGCCAAGAAGCUGGAGGAGCUCCUUGGCAAGCCGGUGACCUUCCUGGACGAGUGCGUCGGCGAGAAGGUGUGGAAUCGCCUUUUCCGGGGAUUGGCGCCCCCUCCUGUCUACGUGCCUGCUGUCCUUUCCCUCACUCAUUGUGUUUGGAGAGGGCCUUGCACGUUGGAUUUGGCAAUUUUGUGGAUGGUAAUCACCUUCCUCUACUUCCUCACCAUCCUCCUUGGACAUCACGCCGGCCAGAGCUAUACGGCCGAAGAAACCCUCCUGGCACCGCAGAUUGCGGCGUGCCCGGACCCAGGAUCGAAGUCUUCUGAGAUCUUUUACGACCGGAAGGCGUUUUACAGAGGAAGCAGUGGUCAAGGCGGCCAACAGGCUGGCCAGGCACCACUCCAGAUCUACGCUGCCGGAGAGAGCUCUCCGACAGCUGGGGACGACGAACGAAGCCAUGGCGAGCAAGACCCCAUGGCAGUGUACAUGUGGAUGCAAGGUCAAAGCGAGUUCCAGUUUCUGUGGACAAUGCGGCCGCGCCUGGCAAGAGGCGCAGCCGGCUUCCUCCAGCUACUGGCGACAGCAGCCCUAUGUACAGCCACAGCUGAACACGCCGUGGCACCAGAACAGGUGGGGCGAUCAGCCUUCCUCACCCAGACGGCGUGGGGACGACUGGAGACCGCAGCCACCGCGGAAGCGCCAGAGAGGAUCGACUGGCUCAAGGUUGAGUCGCACACCGGUUGUGCCUUCAAUGAUGCUGCCGACGGUGUGGCUAAGGAGGCAAACCUGCCCACAGCGUCGUUGGAUUUUGCCUUCCACAGCCCAGCUUUUGAGGACUCCGUUCAGGAGGGGACGGUGUCCCUCUUGUGGCUGGCCACCAACUCACCUUCUGUCCAGGGCCAGUUGCCAUUUCACGGGGACACUGGAGUGUGGUCAGCUGCCGCCUGCACUGCACCUCGGAGCACAACUCCUGUCUCCACUGUAGCUGUGCCUGCCACAGCCCAGCUUGCCACCUGGUCUGUGAAUUUCCGGGCCAUAUCCUACAAUUGCCUUUCCGCGCGGGGCCCGGCAGCAAGGGAGCUCCUUGACAAGGGCCUGAGGGCUCAGAACGUUGUGCUCACGGGACUGCAGGAGGCCGCUUCCAUCGGCCAAUGUGACGAGAUCCCAGCUCGCUUUGUCAGGGAGAGUUUUGCAAUCCAUGUCGCACAGCCCAGGUGCCUGAUUGUCCUUGUUCGAGCAGGGUCUUUCCGCCUGGCAGUCACAGUUGCCCAUGCCUUGCCGGCCACCGCGCCGGCGGCAGAUAUCCAGGCGUGGUGGCAGCAGCUUGAGCGAAACAUGGCGACUGUGCUGCGUGGCCAUGUUCCUUUUGUCUUUGUCGACGGCAAUGCAAAGUUUCGGGCGACAGAGGCUGCUCCGGAGACUCUCGCGGCAUUUCCGCUAGAUGACAACGCACAGGCCAUGCGCUCCCUUUGCAAGCGCUUUGAUCUGGCUCCGUCAGACCAAUAUGACCAGACUGGCCAAAGACUGUUUUCGUGGCAGAGCCCUACUGGAUUUCAGUCGCUCAUUGAUUAUGUUCUGGUACCGGCAGACUGGCAGGAAGGUACUGCGACCCUUCCGACUUGCUGCUUGCGGGAUCUACAUGCCGGUUUUGAUCAUUGGCCUGUUGGUGUUCAGGUAGCAGCCAAGUUGGUAGCUCCGUGCACCCAGCCUCGCAUUCGCCUUAAUCAACAGGCCCUUGCGACAGCGGCAGGACAAGCAGCCGCUUCGAGAGCGCUCCCUACUGCGCCCUUAGUCGGUUGGGAGGUGGAUGCAACGACCCAUGUCGACCGCAUCCACUGUCACCUUCAGCACUGCCUGGCAUCCGAGCUGCCUCCUUUGCCUAAAGUUGCACGGAACCCCGCCAUCUCCUCUGAGACACUUGCGGCCAUCUACCAGCGACGUUCCCUGCGAACUGUGGAGAAGCGGCUGCGUGCUGCUGCGGGACGCCUUGACUUGUGGCGCUUCUUUGCGGCGUGGGCACGACGCUCGGGGGCUGUGGUUGCCUGCCAACGAUGGCUCCGUGCUCUAGAUGACCGCCGGCUACAGCACGCAGCUGAUGUUGUCGCUGCCAAUCGCGCUGUCACCAGAGGCAUGGCUGCCGAUAAGGCUUCCUUUGUCAGGAGAGCGGUUGAGCAGGCCAGGGGGCAGGGCACGGCCGCCUUUGCACAUCGGAUCCGGGCUGUUCUUCGCCGUGGCCGUCGAUACAAGCCGCCGCAGAUCUUGUGCCCUCUUACUGCGGAAGGCAAAGAAGUCACUGGGGAAGAGGAGAUUUUGAGGAGCCUGGGCCGGCAUUUUGCCAAGCCUGAGAGAGCACAGGCGGUUGACACUGUAGGCUUCCUUUCGUCCUUUUCCCGUCGCAAGCCGCUCGAUGCUUCUCUCGACCUCAAUGCCGUUCCCAGUUUCGAGCAGCUUGUGCAGGGCUUUUCUUCCCUUGCGACCGGCAAGGCCCCUGGACUUUCAGGCCUCAGCUCAGAGAUUUACCGGGCCAGCCCCUUGCUUGCGGCACAGGUCUUCUAUCCAAUUCUCCUCAAGGGUGUUGUCAGGGGUCAGUUCCCCUUCCAAUGGACGGGAGGUCAGGCCAGCGCCAAGGGGGUCCAGCGUGCCUUUCGCCGUCCUCUUGUUGAUCACCUUCUGCGUCUGCCCGGCAUGCCGCUCACCCUCCCGGCUCUUUUUGUCCGCUCUCACAUCCAACGCCUCAAGCAUCUUGGGGCGUCAGGAGCCGUCCUGUGCCUUGACUGCCGUAAUGCUUAUUACAUUGUGGUGCGGGACACGCUCUUCCGGUCUGGCCGUCAUAUGUCGGAGUCAACACUUCGUCUCAGAGCGCAGGCCUUGUUUGUUCAAGAAGAGGAUCGGGAGCGUUUCGUCCAAUGCAUGCGGAGGGGUGAGUUGCUUGAGGCCCUUGGUAUCGAGGCUGAAUUGCUUCGAUAUGUGGAAGCCCAGCUCUCUCAGACGUGGUUCACCAUGCAUGCUCCCUCGGCCGUGUCGUAUGCCUCAACCAGCGGCACGGCCCCAGGCAGCCCUGUUGCAGAUUUAUUCUUCGGGAUACUCUACUCUCAAUUCCUGGCUGACACGGAGAGAGUCCUCCUUUCCGAAGGCAUCUAUGUUGCUGCCGGUGCUUCUGAGGCUGCCACUCCGGCCGCGCCUACCCCGACCUGGGCAGAUGACUCGGCUUUCCUCCUGGGGCCCAUGCGGCCAGAGAGUGUUGGACCUGCACUGCGACGAGUUACUGAGGUAGCAUGCAGUGGCUUGAGAGCUCUCGGCCUACAGGCUAAUCUGGCCCUUGGCAAGACGGAGGCGCUGCCCAUCCUCCAUGGUAAGGGCUCCCAGUCGGCUCGACGUGCUCUCCUGCACGCGGAUGAGCCCAUUCUUCUCUUUGGACCUCAAGACGGUCAGGAGGAGCUCCGCCUCACGCCUCAGUAUGUGCACCUCGGCAAUGUUGUUACGGCGUCUGGACGCGAGGGGCCGAAUAUCGGGUACCGUGAGGGACUUGCACGGGAGCUCUACAAGCCGCUCCGACGCAAGGUUCUCUUUUCUCCUUACUACACUGCGAAGGAGAAGACCUCACUUGUUGCCACCCGGGUCAUCCCCCGUUUCCUGCAUGGGGCUGGAGUUUGGCAGCCAUCCUCGGCCUCAGAAGCGCAGGCCUGCCUUGAGCCCGUUCGCAAGUACCUGCGUGGCACUUUUCGGCCUGUCACAGGGAUCAGUUGUGCCGGGUUCAGCAACAGCGAAGUCACCGCCGCGCUCGAUUCUCCUACGGCUGAGGAGUACUUCCAUGUGGCACGUGCCCGUGCCCUCCUCGACGCCUGCCAACCAGCAGGAGCACCAGCUUGGGGGGCGAUUGAUGAGGCCCCAGCCUGGAAGGAACUUGCUUGGGAGUCCCUGUGCCUCGUCGCAGAGCAGCUCCAUCUGCCUUUUUUGCAGCCGGCGUGUCCUUCUAUGGCUGCCAUGUCUUCCGCAGUGGUGGGCUACACUCCCACACUCCGCCGGGCAUGCAAGGCCUACCUGCGAGCCUGUCGGAGCAGUCGCACCCCGCCCGACUUGGUCCCGCGGGACCUGCCGGAGUCGGCACUGGAAUGCACGUCUGCAUCGCAUCCCCGACUCCCUUUCCUCUGCUCGUUUUGUCCAGCCGCCUUCCGUUCCAACAAAGCUUGCAAGGUCCAUGAGUCUAAGAGGCAUGGCAGCCGCCCUUUGCACAUGACCACCUGCUUUGGCACUCGGUGUGAAAUCUGUGCCACGGAACACUGGAAUCCGACGCGUCUCGCGGCGCAUCUUGCACGCAGCCCUACGUGCCUCGCUGCAUAUGCCCAUGCUGAGAUCGCGGAAGCUGGAGACUUGCCUCCAAGCGUCCCUCCGGCAGCCUGGCGCCCUCCAAUGAGAGUGGCGGGGCCGGCUCCCAUGGACGCCAUGAAGUUGAAGUCCUCGCCGGUUGGAUCGCCGGAGCUGGCGCCGCGAUCUGCUCCCUUGGAGCUUCGCUCCUUGAAGGUGGCCCUGCAGCACGCGCGCUUGCAGCGCUGCCCUCUCCGAGCUUGGCUGAAGCAGCAGCGCGGGCGCAUGAGCCUUCUGGCCCGCCAGUUUGCCAUGGGCCUCAACAUGAACGAAGAGCAAGACGAUGAAGAGACGGUGCGCCGCAUCCAAAUGGCCGUGCGGGCCCUUGCUACUCCCGCCGCAUGA